CUUGAUACCACAGCUGCUCUUGGAGAACUGGGGUGGAAAACGUUCCCUUUGAAUGGGUGGGAUGCCAUAACUGAGAUGGAUGAACACAACCGUCCCAUUCACACUUACCAGGUGUGCAACGUCAUGGAACCAAACCAAAACAACUGGCUUCAAACCAACUGGAUCUCCCGGGAUGCUGCACAGAAAAUCUACGUGGAGAUGAAGUUCACCCUGAGGGACUGCAACAGCAUUCCUUGGGUACUGGGGACCUGCAAGGAAACUUUCAAUCUCUACUACAUGGAGUCAGAUGAGUCUCAUGGAGUAAAAUUCAAGCCAAACCAGUACAGUAAGAUUGACACUAUUGCAGCUGACGAGAGCUUUACCCAGAUGGAUUUGGGCGACCGCAUCCUUAAACUCAACACAGAAGUCCGUGAGGUUGGGCCAAUAAACAAGAAAGGGUUUUAUCUUGCUUUUCAGGACAUUGGAGCCUGCAUUGCUUUGGUUUCAGUCCGUGUUUAUUACAAGAAGUGCCCUUUCACGGUCAGGAAUUUGGCCAUGUUUCCUGACACCAUUCCAAGGGUGGAUUCUUCCUCUCUGGUGGAGGUUCGGGGCUCCUGCGUGAAGAGUGCUGAGGAACGGGACACCCCAAAGUUGUACUGUGGGGCAGAUGGGGAUUGGCUCGUGCCUCUGGGACGGUGCAUCUGCACUGUGGGAUAUGAAGAACUGGAGGGCUCCUGCCAUGCUUGCAGGCCUGGAUUCUAUAAAGCUUUUGCUGGAAAUGUGAAGUGUUCCAAAUGUCCUCCACAUAGUUUGACCCAUGUAGAAGCAACUUCUGUCUGUCAGUGUGAAAAAGGUUAUUUCAGAGCUGAAAAGGACCCACCGACCAUGGCAUGUACCAGGCCACCUUCUGCCCCGAGGAAUGUGGUUUUUAACAUUAACGAAACAGCUCUGAUGUUGGAGUGGAGCCCCCCGAGCGAUACUGGAGGGAGAAAGGAUCUCACUUACAGUGUCAUCUGUAAGAAAUGUGGCUCGGACGCCAGCCAGUGUGAGAUCUGUGGGGGAGGCAUCCGCUUCAUCCCCAGGCACACGGGGCUCAUCAACUCCUCGGUGACGGUGCUCGACUUCGUGGCGCACGUCAACUACACCUUCGAAAUCGAAGCCACCAACGGGGUCUCGGAGCUGAGCUUCUCUCCCAAGCAGUUCACAGCCAUCACGGUGACCACAGACCAAGAUGCACCCACCUUGAUAGGUAUGGUAAGGAAGGACUGGGCUUCCCAAAACAGCAUUGCCCUCUCCUGGCAAGAGCCGGACUUUCCCCAUGGAGCAAUUCUGGACUACGAGAUCAAGUACUAUGAGAAAGUCUACCCACGGAUAGCGCCGGCAUUUUGGCACUACCUGCGGGUAGAAGAGCAUGAGCAGCUCAGCUAUUCCUCCACAAGGUCCAAGGCUCCAAGUGUUAUCAUCACAGGUCUCAAGCCAGCCACCAAGUAUAUAUUUCAUAUCAGAGUCAGGACGGCAGCAGGAUACAGCGGCUAUAGCCAGAAGUUUGAAUUUGAAACUGGAGAUGAAACUUCUGAUAUGGCUGCGGAGCAGGGGCAGAUUCUUGUCAUUGCCACUGCUGCUGUUGGUGGAUUCACUCUCCUGGUCAUCCUCACUUUGUUCUUCCUGAUCACUGGGAGAUGCCAGUGGUACAUAAAGGCCAAAAUGAAAUCUGAGGAGAAAAGAAGGGCUCAUUUGCAAAAUGGACAUUUGCGUUUCCCAGGACUCAAAACAUACAUCGAUCCAGACACGUAUGAAGACCCAUCUCUUGCUGUCCAUGAGUUUGCAAAGGAGAUAGAUCCUUCAAGAAUUCGUAUUGAAAGAGUUAUUGGGGCAGGUGAGUUUGGAGAAGUGUGCAGUGGACGUCUGAAGACACCAGGAAAAAGAGAGAUCCCUGUUGCAAUUAAAACUCUAAAAGGUGGCUAUAUGGACAGGCAGAGGAGAGAUUUCCUGAGGGAGGCCAGUAUCAUGGGACAAUUUGAUCACCCAAAUAUAAUUCGCCUCGAAGGAGUUGUUACAAAAAGAUCCUUUCCGACCAUUGGGGUGAAGUCUCUUUCGAGAUUCCUGAGGGCGGGAUUUUUAAAUAGCAUCCUGGCCUCACAUCCAGUGUCAGGAGGUGGAUCUUUACCCCCCAGCAUUUCCUCUGGCAGACCAGUAAUGAUUGUAGUUGAAUACAUGGAGAAUGGAUCCCUUGACUCCUUUCUGCGGAAGCACGAUGGCCACUUCACAGUCAUCCAGCUGGUUGGAAUGCUGAGGGGGAUUGCCUCUGGCAUGAAGUACCUCUCAGACAUGGGGUACGUGCACCGGGACCUGGCAGCACGGAACAUCCUGGUCAACAGCAACCUCAUGUGCAAAGUCUCUGAUUUUGGUCUGUCACGAGUGCUGGAGGAUGACCCUGAAGCUGCUUACACGACAAGUGGUGGGAAGAUCCCCAUAAGGUGGACUGCUCCUGAAGCCAUAGCUUACCGCAAGUUCUCUUCGGCGAGCGACGCGUGGAGCUAUGGGAUAGUCAUGUGGGAGGUGAUGUCCUACGGUGAGAGACCGUACUGGGAGAUGUCCAACCAGGAUGUUAUCCUGUCUAUUGAAGAGGGCUACAGGCUUCCAGCUCCCAUGGGCUGCCCAGCUUCUCUUCACCAACUAAUGCUUCACUGCUGGCAAAAGGAGAGGAACCACCGUCCAAAAUUCAGUGACAUUGUCAGCUUCCUGGACAAACUGAUCCGCAAUCCAAGCACCCUUCACACCCUAGUGGAGGAUGUACUUGUAAUGCCAGAUUCACCUGGUGAAGUUCCAGAAUAUCCUUUGUUUGUGUCAGUCAGUGACUGGCUGGACUCCAUAAAAAUGGGUCAGUAUAAAAAUAACUUCAUGGCAGCAGGUUUCACAACUUUGGAUAUGGUCUCAAGAAUGAAUAUUGAUGACAUUAGAAGAAUUGGAGUUGUACUCAUUGGACACCAGAGACGAAUAGUCAGCAGUUUACAGACUUUGCGGUUACACAUGAUGCACAUACAGGAGAAAGGAUUUCAUGUAUGAAAGUACUAGAACCAACUGUGUUUUGUGCCUCAGCAUUUCUAAAAUGGAAAAAUAUUCUCAUUCUUUCCUUCUGCUCUUCCCAACUUCGAGGACUGAAGUCUCCUGUUCAGACUUUAAAAGUACUUCAAUGAUAAUGCUUCCAAACCGGAGUUUUUAAUCACACUGCACAGCUCCUCCACCAGUUAUCUGCCGAUAAAAUCCUGGCCUACUGCAAGACUCUUGCUACACAUUGAUGAAUAACUCAGCAUGGAUGUGUAACUUUGUAUAACAGUAUUUGGGAAACUUUCAUGAACUUACUUGAAAGUAGUAAUCUAUUUGGCCUGGUGUGGCUUCUUUAUCGAUGUAUUUAGAGUUUGCUGGUAGAUCAAAAAAGUAUUUGACUUAUUUCAUGUUCUGUGACCAUGUAACUUCCAAUACCAAAUGUGCAAUCAAAAAGAAGUUUAACAUAAAUAUUUAUUUUAUCUCUUAAUUAAAUCCAAAUGUAUGGGUCCUAUCAUUAUAUUACUUUACAAUAGUUUGAAAGCUGGUAAGAUGGUGCCUCAAAAUAUUACUAUUGUUUGCAGAAACGACUGAUGAUUUUAUGUAGCGAGUUUUCAUUGUGUGAAUAAUUGGAAGGCUAAUGAGAGUAAUCUGUUUGAAAUCUUAAGGAAGGUCCUUGAUUUUUAAUUACUUCAGCACUCGACACUUUUUAUGCUUUAAAUUUUUAUGAUUAGGUUGGAAAACAUGUUCAUCCCUGGGAUUCCUCACCAUCCUUCAUUGUUAUUUUUUUUUAAUGUAAUACUCAGCAUUUGCUUCUACUACAUGGCAAAUAUUCACCGGAAAACUGAUUGUAACGUUUCCAUGACCACAUGUAAAACAGUUGUCAGCUGUAUUGUGGCCACACAGACUUUAGAAAGCUUUCUGUUCCAGAAAUGCAGGUCUCUGCUGCUUGUACUUGGGCAUAAUUCCCAGCAGCAGUAGCAGACCUUAGAGGGCCAGCCAUCAGUGGGGUGAUGUGGUUAUUCCCGUGGGAGCAGGCCAGCCGUGUCCUCCUCCAGCUGAGGGCAGCGCUACAACCACCCGCUGAUGCUGGAAGUUACACGCUGCAGGAGUCAGCUAUCUUGUACAUGGGCAGGAAAGGAGAUGUAGGACAGCAGUGUGGCAACAUGUUGCCUUGACUCUGCUUCUGACUGCUUUUAGAAGUGAAAAAGCAGAUUCUGCUGAAAUGGAGCUCUGGUCACUACAGGCUGGAUCUUCAUUUAGUACAAAUAUCUAAAGGACAUCCAUGAUAAUUACCUUUAGAACCCUUCAAUAGCCAUAUUUACAUGCAAGAAAACGUCUGCAAAGGCCUGACAUAAUAUUUGUACCUCUCUUAAGACUUACAGCUUUCAUGUUUUAUUCAGACAACUCACAUGGACAUGCUGGGCUACACUUCCAAAUUUUUGCAUGGGAUACGCACUACUGGGAACAAGGGAGCGACUGCAUGUCUGUGUGCUGUGAAACCACACACAGAUCUACAAUGCAUGUCACAUGUAACCUGGCUGCAGAUGCUUUUUGUUGACUUAUACGUGGUUUGGAGGAUAUUUUUGAGUUAUGUGGCAUUCCAGUAUACUCGAGCCUUACAACUCUUCUGUUGAAACGUGCAUCUUGGGUAAUUAGUAUAGUAUGUGUGUAUAUCAAAAUGAGCUGACUACUUUAUGUAAUCAUAACGAUAUUUACCGCUUAAUUUGCAGCUUGUAAAUGUAUUUCCUAACUCUUGGAAAAGGCUGCCAUUGCGUAUCAGUGGCAAAGAACAAAAAUCAGAAAGUAACUCAAAAAAGAUAAUGCUUCCAACCAGAUCACAGAGUAAGACACGCUAGGCCUGAUUCGCUGUUGUCACUUUAUGUUGGAAUAACUGCAUUAAUUUAGAAGAGAUAACAACAGUGCACUAAGUAAACUUUCCUUUCUUUCCUUUAAAAAAAAAUUAAAAGGCAGAUUUAACUGAGGAGCAAGUUUCAUAAAGAUCAAGAUUCACCGGGGUGUUCCACAAUGCCAAUUGGAUGAGCUUGUUUAAAGCAGAGCAGCUCCAGUCCUGUUCUAGCUACAAAGGUAAUUUUGCCAGCAUGAGUAGGAGCAAGUUUCACAAAGAUCAAGAUUCACUAGGGUGUUCCACAAGGCCAAUUGGAUGAGCUUGUUUAAAGCAGGGCUUGUUUAAACAAGUUCCAGUCCUGUUCUAGCUACAAAGGUAAUUUUGCCAGCAUGAGCAGUCCCCCCUUAACUCAGUAGGACUGCACAAGCACGUGUGUUUUGCAGGAUCACAGGCCUUUAGUGGGGGGAAAAAAAGCAUCUGUUCUU